GGGAAUUGGGAAGGGGAAGACCGACGGGAUGGUCGGUGGGUUCGUUCUUGCGCUUAUUUUGCUGUCCGCUCUGGCCACAUUGAUACCCCUUGCUUGUCUGAGCUCAGUCAGGUUGGAAAUAUUUGUGUUUUACAUUUCACCCCUCUGUCGCGAUAUGCUUGAUCUUGCUUGUAUCUCGGACGGGAGACACUCCCCUUCAUUGUAACUAUACGACUUUUGGCGCGGGAAUAUGGGCUAUACUCCGUCUCUCAGGCGAACGUCGGACAGGUCGCCGACAUCGCUGAGGUGUGCUGAAGGGGGUGCCCAAUCCGGUUUCAGAUUAUACUUUCU